UUUAUUCCGAUAAAUUAAUUAUCCUUACAAAGAUCCCAUUUUUAUUUUAUUUUUUUGUUGUUGAUUUGUUCAAACUGUUUGAUUACAACAACAAUGACAGAUGUGCUCCACUCUCCUUCUUCGUCCUCCCCCACUUCCAUAUCCACAACACCCACCCACCACAACGCCACGUUGUUCCACCACACCCAGUCAUAUUCGGCUGCUGAAGAAGCGAUUACUGUGCUUACAGUGGGUAAUGUAGAAGAAGACGAAAUUAGGGUGAAGGAGAAAAGGGAGAAAGAUAGGAGGGACCAAUUAUCGCUUCUAGCUCUUCUGGUGACUCUGUUCAGGAAGAGUUUCUGGUUGGCCUGCAAAACGGAUAGGGAUAAUUUUCCUAGUGCCACUGCCGGCGGCGACGGCGGCGGCGGUGGUGGUGGGAUGGAGAUUGGUUGGCCUACUGAUGUGGAGCAUGUUAAUCAUGUCACAUUUGAUAGGUUUGAUGGCUUUUUGGGCUUGCCUGUUGAGUUUGAGCCUGAGGUUCCAAGAAGGGCUCCUAGUGCUAGUGCCACUGUUUUCGGAGUUUCGACCGAAUCAAUGCAACUCUCUUAUGAUCUACGAGGCAAUAGCAUUCCGACUAUUCUCCUGCUUUUGCAGAGGCAUUUGUAUUCCCAAGGCGGCCUUCAAGCUGAAGGGAUAUUCAGAAUAACCGCAGGAAACAGCCAAGACGAGUAUGUGAGGGACCAAUUAAACCGAGGCGUAAUUCCUGGCGGCAUCGAUGUUCACUGUUUGGCUGGCCUCAUUAAGGCUUGGUUUAGAGAACUUCCGAGAGGGAUAUUGGAUUCUCUUUCACCCGAGCAAGUUAUGCAGUCUCAGUCGGAAGACGAUUGUGAAGCACUAGUGAGGCUUCUCCCUCAAACGGAAGCUUCUUUGCUCGAUUGGGCGAUCAAUUUAAUGGCUGAUGUCGUUCAAGAAGAGCAUAUAAACAAAAUGAAUUCACGAAAUAUUGCUAUGGUCUUCGCUCCUAAUAUGACUCAGAUGGCGGAUCCACUGACAGCACUGAUGUACGCAGUACAAGUGAUGAACUUCCUCAAGACACUAAUAGAGAAGACUUUACGAGAAAGAUUAGAUCCCGUUCUAGAACCUUCUUCCAUUCCCCACAUGGAACCUUCCGACGAAAACGGACAUCGUAGUUUCCCGCAGCUGCAAGUCGAAGAUCCCGUCGAAUCGUGCGAAGAGGCAACAACACACGCAUUUGUGAUUGAGGACCCUUGUUCGGAUUCUAGUUCCGAAACUAACCAGUCAUGUAAUAACAGCAAUUCAACUUCUACUCAAGAAUCCGACGAAAGUGAAACUAGAGGUGAAGUCUACAUAGUUACGAGCGAUUUCAAGAAUCAGUUCGAAGAGAGUAAGACGAGCAAAACGGGCCGGUCUAACGGGUCGAGAAUUGAUUUAGAUGAUGAUGUGGCUCCGAAGAGUGAUUGCAUGAGCAAUUUGAGCCGGAUAAAUUCAAUUACGGAACGCUGUGAAGCAUGGCGUUGAUUGAAUUUUUUUAUUCAUUAUUUUUAAUUUUUAUUUUUAUUUACUACCUGUGAUUCUGAAUUCGAAACUUGUCCGAAAUCUGUAAUUUUCUUUUUAAAUUUCUGUUUUUACUGUUGUUGUGGUGGUUGUUGUUGCUUAAUUAUGUCUGGAAGUUUCCAUUGUUAGAAAAAACAUAUGUUUAACUGAAUACUGAGAUGUUAUUUUGUUCUCUAUGUAUAAUUUUCAUUUUGCCAC